GCCGUCAAGCACGGCGCAGACGCCGUUUACAUCGGGGGACCAGAUUUUGGUGCGCGCGCUGGUGCGGGCAACAGUGUGGCAGAUAUUGCUCGCUUGGUAGCUUAUGCGCACCGCUUUAAUGUGCGCAUAUUUGCCACCAUGAACACCAUUUUGCACGACGCUGAGUUGGAAGCUGCUCGUAAACAAGUAUGCGCUUUGUAUGACGCUGGGGUAGACGCGCUCAUCGUGCAAGACAUGGCUUUUGCCGAUAUGGCAGCCAGCGGCGACUUGCCGCCCAUAGCCCUGCACGCCAGCACCCAGUGCGACAUACGCACACCUGAAAAAGCCCGUUUUUUACAAGACGUGGGCUUUACCCAACUGGUGCUGGCCAGAGAAUUGACAUUGGCGCAAAUUAGCGCCAUACACCAGCAGCUAGACCCCGCAAAAAGCGUGGUGGAGUUUUUUGUUCACGGUGCGCUGUGCGUGGCUUACAGCGGGCAGUGCUACAUCAGCCACGCACACACGGGGCGCAGUGCGAACCGAGGCGACUGCUCACAAGCCUGCCGCCUGCCCUACACCGUGGUUGACGGCAAGGGCGGCAUCGUUGCGCAUGAAAAGCACGUGCUUUCGCUCAAAGACAACAACCAGUCUGCCAAUCUGGCAGCCUUAAUCCAGGCAGGGGUGCGCAGCUUCAAAAUUGAGGGGCGCUACAAAGACAUGGCGUAUGUGAAAAACAUCACCGCGCACUACCUCAGCCUGUUGGAUGCCUUGCUGGAGCAAGACACUGCGCUCAGCCACUACCAAAGGGCCUCCAGCGGCAAGUGUGUCUUUACCUUUACACCGCAGCCUGAGCAAAAUUUUAACCGCCAGGCUACGGAUUAUUUUGUGCAGGGGCGCAAGGCAGACAUCGGCGCGUUUGACACGCCCAAGCACAGCGGCAUCCCCGUAGGCUGGGUAGCCAAGCUAGGCAGAGACAGUUUUGACUUGCAGUUGGAUGAUGCAAACCUGCUCCUAUCCAAUGGCGAU